UCUUUAAAAUGGCAUCAACCGAGAAACGGAAAAAUGUCACACGGAAUAAAAAAGAAAAAGGAAUACAGAAGGUCAAACCAGCUAUAGAUGAGAUCUUUGAUCAGAUGGACCAGAACCAUGAUGGGCGGAUCUCUGUGCACGAGCUCAAAAAGGCAGCUCGUCUACUUGGCUUAAACCCUACCCUCAAGGAAGCUGAGCAGAUGAUUGAAGACUGCAAUCCGCGCGAAAAGGGUUAUGUGGCUCGCGCGGAGUUCCGGAAGCUGUUCGAAAGCAAAGAGAAGGACAUGGGCAUGCAGGUCGAGCAGAUAAAGGCGGCAUUCAAAGUCUUCGACAAGGAUAAUAGUGGCGCACUCACCCGUGAUGAGAUCUUGUCUGUGCUGAGGCUAGCGGGGGACAAGGUAGAUGACGCAGAGUUAGAUGAUAUGAUUUCAAGAGUGGACGUCGAUGGGGACGGAAAGAUCUCUAUUGAAGAAUUUGCAGAGUUGGUAUGUAAUACAUGAGCCAGGCACGACAAUUGAACGAGAACUUAUAGCAACCUUUUGCUCAAUGUAUAAUUGUUGUUUGUCUCAAAUUGUGCGGAACCCAUUAAGUAUGGUGCGUUUUUAUGCAAUUACCAAUUACCAAUACUAAUUGUACAGUAUUUAAAUUAUUAUACUAUGACUAGUGUAAUUACCUAUAUAUGUAUUGCAACAUUUACCACUGAUUAUGUUUAUUGUUUAACAAAGUAAUUAACAUAUAUGUAUGUAUAUUUGCAAUUAUUUAGGUUUGAUAUGGCGUGUAUGAAUAUAUACAUUUCAAUAUGUAAAUGCUAACAAUAUAUAAAACAAUCUUCAUGUUGAUUUGUUAAAAACAUAUAUGUAUUCAGGUUCAUAUUAACUUCGUUGAGUCAUUUAU